GAACAAACAUGUCGUCUGAAAACUAAAUCGUCCCUCAAAUUUGGACAAAAGUUUAGUCGUGUGGAAUAUGAAUCGAUUGAUACGAGCUACUGUUAUUUUUUUGAAACAUUAUCGAUUUUCAGGAUCGAAGAAUUUCCACACAACUUCAAGAAUAUUGCAACUGUCUAACAUAGACGAAACGCAAGAGAAACUUCUAAAUGAACGUCUAAUCUUGGUAGACGAGAAUGAUUGCGUUAAAGGCACUGAAACGAAAAAAGAAUGUCACCUAAAAAGAAAUAUCCUACAAUACGGAAUGCUUCAUCGAGCCUUUAGUGUCUUUCUCUUUAACACAAAGGGACAGUUACUGCUACAACAGAGAUCGGACAUGAAAGUUACGUUUCCUGGUUGCAUCACCAACACAUGUUGUAGUCAUCCGUUGUACGAGGAUUCUGAGUUGGUGGAACAUGAUAAUUUUGGAGUGAAACUAGCUGCAAAGAGGAGGCUCUCUUACGAACUUGGAAUUCCAGGUAUGUUGGCCAGCACCGAAUUCUUCUAUUCCUGAGCUUGGGCUGGGCAGGGAAGUGUGUAAGAGAGGGUCACUGUCCUGUUUAAUAUCACGGAGAACACCAACCUAGGAGUGUUCUUGUGUAACAGAACUGUUGUACAACUAUGAUCAUGUUUAGUUAUCAGUUCCAGUGACUGCAGAGUUUUGAAAUUUUUCUGGAGGUAAAAAAUGGAUGUUUCAUCAUCAGUUAAUUUUUUGUUUUAAUUUUCUCUUAAUAUUUGGUGAAGGUAUGGAAGGUCAUAUUGAUAGCCUAGUGGCUCAUCUGGGGUAAAGCUUUUCCUGGCUCCCAAAGCAUUGAAGCAACAUAUCAGUACAGAAAUAUUGCUCCCACCUGUGGACAUAUGCUAGUUUAUCACAGGUAACAACCCCCUCCCCCAACCAAGACAUCCAGCAAUUUGCUGUUACUUCUUUUUACCCCAGGGUGUAAAGAGACUACAACAUUAUGAUCCAUUCAAGGCUUUAAACAAGACCGUUGAAUUGGGAGGCUACAUUUCACUGCACUAACUGCACCAAGCUACUGCAUCUCCCACCAUCUUAUUUUAUUCACUUUUUAAAGCUGGAGUCUUGUUGCAUUUUUUUUUUCUCUUAGACAACCAGAUCUCCUUGGAGGAUCUCAGGUUUCUCACCAGGAUUCAUUACAGAGCAGGAUCAGAUAAAAUAUGGGGAGAACAUGAAAUAGACUAUGUAUUUUUUAUGCAGAAGGAUGUAACCCUAGAGCCAAAUACCAAUGAAGUUAAACGCUGUUGGUAUGUUUCAGAGAGUGAGUUGAAAGAAUUACUGCAGAAAGCAGCUAAAGAUUCUAACAUUUUGAUGACCCCUUGGUUCAAAAUGAUAAAUGAUCAUUUCCUACACAAGUGGUGGGCAAGUCUGAGGGACUUGUCACAAUUUGAAAAUGACAGUGAAAUUCACAAAAUGCCAGGGAUACCAGCACCCAUAUUACAGUUGUGAACAGGUUCUAAGAACAAAGAAAGUCUAUUUUGAUUCAUCAUUCUAUCCAGUGGAAUUUUUGGAAGUUCUGCAGUUUGUCCUACUAUUACUGAUGUCCUUUUAGAGUGACAGUCAUGGGGGAAGAGGGAAGAAAAAUUGCAACAGCACCCAAUUUUUUGCUCACAUUUUACACAUGCCUGUGUGCAAAUUCCUCAUUGCUCAAGCUUGUUGUCCUUGGCCUAUAAGUAACAGUGAAGAUUGCUUUGCAAGCCACAUAAGAGAAUGAUUUUAUCAAGUUUUCAUCAUACAACAACCAAUGUUUAAUAAUUAUCUAUACUUUAUUCAAAAAGAGAUGGUUAAGUAUUGUUGCACCUUUGUACACCCUGUUUCUUUUGAUAAGCACAGAGAGACACAAAGGGGUUGAGACUUUGCUACAUGAACAUAAUUUGCAGAGAUUACAACUACAGUGUAGAAGGGUGAUAUUACUGACUUCCUAGAAUGACUUUCCUUUUCCAUUUACUACUUUCUACAUGUAGAGCAGAUUAAAUAACAAAUAAAUAAACAAACAAAAAUUUUUAGGCAACCCAUCUCAGUGAGUAAUGUACUUCGCAGAAAUAAGGUGACCAACACUUACCUGUACAUAGCAAAGGUGUUUAUGCAACAUAAAAUAAAAAAUAGAAUUCACUUGAGGACAAACUGCAGUAUUACUAGACCAAAAAUUUGUUUCUUAAUUACAACCUUUUUAAAAUAAAAUGUGUAAGCCUGAAAAAGUAUUUUGAUUGUGGUAUACUUCUUAAAAACAAUAUGUCAUUUUUGACUCAAAUUUUUGCAAGCCACUUAUUCUCAAAAAUUAUAUCCCAAGUUGAACAAGUUGCUUGUACAGAAAUUCAAUAACAGUUCUAUCUCAGCAAAAUAGUGCCGCCCUUUUACAUUAUAUACUUACAACUAACUUACUGUAAGGAUAGCUGUAAGUGAUUUAUGAAAUAUGAUUUUGAAAUAUACACUGCCUUCAAUUUAACUGAU